CAUGAGGCAGCAAAAACCAGAGAUGUAGAGAAGUUUAGAAACAGCGAUCUGUCCUUCACAGGUCACCGAAGAGAGCAGCAGAGCCAUCGGGAUGGCCCCACCCUUCCUGUCCUGUGUCGCCCUCUGUAUAAUCGGAUCUAUCACCACCAUCCUCGCACUGCCGCCUACUGAGCCACCUCUGAUCCACGACCACCCCUUUGUAGCCAUAUGGAAUGCCCCCACCGACCAGUGUCAACAACUUCACAUCCCACUGGACACCGCAGCCUUCCAGGCGGUGACCACACCCGCCGCAGUGCCUGGUCAGUUCCUUACCAUCUUCUACGAGAACCGCCUCGGCCUCUACCCUAAAGUCAAUACCGCCAAACGCAAGCUCUACAGAGGUGGAGUCCCUCAAAACGGCAACCUUACGGAGCAUCUGGCCAAGGCCCAGAGUCAAAUUGAUCACUACAUCUCCCAGGAUUCCGCUCCUGGACUGGCUGUCAUCGACUGGGAGUCCUGGCGCCCCCUGUGGGACCAGAACUGGGGAUCUAAACGUAUUUAUCAGAAGUUGUCCAUCACUCACGCCCUGCAGAUGGCCCCGUUUUUAUCAUCAAAAACUAUUUCUAAACUGGCAAAGAGCCAGUUCCAGCAUGCCAGCCAGCGCUUCAUGGAGAAGACCAUCAGCCUCGGCAUCGGCGAGCGUCCAAGCCGCCGCUGGGGCUUCUACCUGUUCCCCGACUGCUACAACUAUGGCUGGGAGAAGCCCGGCUACACGGGGAAGUGCUCCACAAAGACCCAGAAGCAGAACAACCAGAUGCUGUGGCUGUGGGAGCGCAGCACUGCCCUCUUCCCCUCCGUCUAUCUUCACCAGACCCUGAGGAACUCCCCCAAGGCCACUCUGUACGUCCGCAACCGUGUCCAGGAGGCGCUGAGGGUAGCCGCGCUGCCCAAACGUCCAUACACAGUGCCGAUCUAUGUCUACUCCAGGCCACUGUACCGGGACCAGACCCAGAAGUUCCAGAGCCAGAUGGACCUGGUGAGCACUGUAGGAGAGUCUGCAGCUCUGGGAGCUUCAGGGGUCGUAAUGUGGGGAGGAACCAAAGACUACAACAGCAAGACACUCCUUCUUUGCUGAGCUGCAGUGGAGGGAUAGUAGUAAUAGCAGAAAGAAGCUGGAAAUAAUCACCAAGACUUGAAGACAUGUCAUUUUUAAAGUUUCUGUAUCUGUAUCUGUAUCUGUGUCUGCAGCCAUGAUAACAUACUGUGUGUGUAAUACUUUUCACAGGUCUGAAAAGGGGAACCCAGAUGACCAGGCUUUAAUCAGCAAAAGAUUUAUCUGCCUUUGUUUCCUCUUUUAGGAGGAACAGACAGCCGUGACACUGCAGUGUGUUGCUAUCUCAACUGACGGAUGUGAAAGAACUAUUACAUUUUACUUUUCUGCUUGUGUGUGUGUGUGUUAUCUUAAUUUAUUAUUUUUUGAUGUUAGCUGUCCUGUUUUUUUAAUCAAAUUAUGGUAUACUAUAUGAUACAGUGUGGUAUAUAUGAUGAAGGUGUUUUUUAAAUCCAUCACUUAGUUCGUAGCCAUGCUAACGGCAGUGGCAAUGGCAAUGUUGAAAUUUUGUGCAGACAUUUGGGUUCCCCAGAGAAUCAUACUGACUUUAGUGAUCCUCUGACCUUUCCUCUAGCGCCACCAGCAGGUUGACAUUUGAGGUGGAUUACUGAAUGGAUUGUCAUGAAAUUUGCUAUAUAUAUUCAAGUUGAUAUACUGUUGAUUUUUCUAAUUCAAAUUAAACAUUUAUUACUAAAUUAAAUACAAAUUUCACUUUUAAUUAUGUGACUAAAUUGAUUUCAAUUUCUUCUCUGGUUAAUUUUUCCCAAAUCGUCUUUCGCUAGGAUACAUUUCUCAUUAUUAAACUAAACUUAACCCGUAACUGACCUUUUCUUUCCGUCCUAAUAUACCUGAGUCUCACCUAUAAACUCCACCCCCUC